AUGUGGUGGUCGGGUGGUGGAAAUGGUGGUACGGCGGCAAAAGCCGCUAUGAUGAUGUUUGUCCGGAAUUUCUCCAGAGAACGUGCUGUGAACCUGAGAAAGAUAAAUCCAAAGGUCUCGCAGCAAGAGGCGGCUUCCAUAGCCGAAGCUCUCUAUCACAUUAUAAAGAAAAACGGACCUCUUACCGUCUCCAACACUUGGAACCACGCCAAGGAAGCUGGUAUCAAUGGAUUAAAUAGCAAGACUCACAUGAAACUGAUGCUCAAAUGGAUGAGGGGCCGUAAUAUGUUAAAGCAGUUUUGUAACCAAGUAGGCUCAAGCAAGAAGUUUCUGCUAUCAACUCUGCCUGAAGAGACCAAUGUAGUCAAGUCUGAAAUUCCCAAGACAGGAGUUAAAACAAGAACGGCAUAA